GUAGACUGUAAUGUAGGCUCCAUUGUGGCGUGCGAAGCCACUCCACACGCUUUCUAAAUCGCGUUUCGUGCGGUAUUAAAAAUUAAUAAUGGACAUCCGGCGUUGCAUGGUGCCAGCUGCGCCCCAAAUUUAUUUUUGGGGGUGGUGUGCGGUGCGCGAGAAUUUUGGGAUUAUCAUUGUCUGUCAAAUCGAGUUUUAUCAUAUUGGCCCGGUAUUUUAGAGAUGUUAUUGCAAUUUUAAAGAAAUUAAAACAUUCUUGGCGAUGUGAGAUGCCUUGCUUGAGCGCAGCCAUCGGGUUUUGAGGGUCGUGUGUUCUCCCUCGCUCGGUCUCAUGCCAUGCGGGACCCUGCUGUCUGCCAUAGCACCCUCCUCUAGACGGUUCUUUAUCUUUGUUGUUGUGCAGUGAUCAGCCAGUGGUGCAGUCAGACCAGACCACUGUGAGACCAAGACGCUGCCCCAAGUUCACAUGUUGUGGGUUAUUAUGAUGGGGUUUAUCGUUAGGGUGAGGUGAUGAGGAAACCGCUUAAUUAAGGGAUCAUCGGAUGGGCACGCAAACAAGCGCGGAUGAGAACGAAAUAGCGGUCCCAACAGUGAGCAGCGAGCACCGCGUCAUGUGAUUUGAAGUGUGUCUGUCGACCCUAAAGCCUUGACCUCUCACCCCUGACCCUGUGAGGUCACAGAUGGUCCAUAUCUGGCCCGACCCAGGAGACUUCCUCCUCCAUCCUGAUCCUCAACAUCAGUCAGUGAGCAGUGUGUUGUGUUCCGGCUGAACGCUCCAACGGCAUCCUGACCACCUCCUAACACCACCCACCACCUUGGGCAUGCCUCAGCCGGGCAUGAAUGGGAUGGAGCCUGCGUUUGGCGAGGCGUAUGGGAGCCGUGGCUGUCUCCUCAGCCCCUACCCCCUGGCUGUCUCCCCUCUAGGGGGCAGGACCGAAUAUGACCAGAGUGUGCUCCUGAUGCUGGGCUCUCCAGCGACGCCGCGGAAACGGCCCUUCGAGUUGCUAAGCGACCUGGUGGACGACGGGGGCUUCGGCGAGGAGCUACACGUGGAGCGCUGGGACGUGUCGGCGCUGGAUGACAUCACGCGCUACACCAAGCUGGGCCUCGGGGGGGAGCUGGCGAGCACCGAGGACGCCGUGCUGAUGGGCCGUUGGAGCGGGACCCGGGAGGAAGAGGAGGAGGAGAGGAGGAAGAGGAAGGCACAGGCCAUAGCUCAGCAGCAGACAUCACAUGUAACCACGAUGAUGGUAACGCAUCUCCACGGAAACGGCAUCACAAUGACCCCCGACCCCUGUCUAGGCCACGCCCAGAGAGGCAGGGUGGUCAGAGAGCAGGUGGGACUUGAUGUUACCAUGGCGAUCGAAAGGGUGACAGAAAAAGGAGGACAGGAUGGGGGGAUGAGGGUUCCUACGGUGGAAGUGUACCAGGUGGCAGAGGAGGAGGAGGAGGUUGCCGCAGCUGUGUUGGCAGCGGCGGAAGUUGUUGCCGCGGUGACUGAGACGUCUGGGAUUCUUCCGGGGGGGUCAGUGUUGGAACACAACUACUCUCUGACCCAGGGGGGGGAUAGACCCUCGCCCUCCAGCCCCAGCUCUGAGACAGAGACAGAAGAGGAGGUAGAGGGGCAGGAGGAGGGAGAGAGGGAGGAGGAGGAGAGGGAAGAGGUAUUGUUGGAGGAGGAGGAAGAAGAGGAGGAGGAGGAGGAAGGGGAGGACGGAGCAGGGGAUGAGACUGCGGUGGAAGCAGAACUGUCCAGCUCGUCAGAAACAGAAUUUGAGGUGGAACCAGAGCAGGGGGGUGGUCCAGGGGAACGGCCCCAGAAGAGAAGGUGUUUCUGGGAGUACCGCCACGCUCACGCACGGGACUCUGGGAGACAGAAGAAGACUGGAGGGGAGGUCCGAUGGUCCCUCUCCUGGAGCUCUAGCACCCUACCUAGUACCCUAUACCGCAGAGAGGGAAAGAAAGGAAGGCGCAAAGCGAGGAAGACUGACGCCAGCGACCUGACCCCUAACCCUGUGAAGCUCACAAACAUCGGCGAACAGCUGCAGAAACUCAACGCCACCAUAGAUGGGAUGGGUCCCGUUAACGACCUGCCAGUUGUGGCCAGGGCACGCUCACGCAAAGAGAAGAACAAACUAGCUUCCCGGGCCUGUCGGUUGAAGAAGAAAGCGCAACACGAAGCCAACAAGAUCAAGCUGUGGGGACUCAACCAGGAGUACGAGAACCUUUUGGGGGCGUUGCUGAGGAUCAAGGACGUGAUUGGUCAGAGGGUGGAGCGCAGCGGAGAGGAGGUGGACAAAGAUGAACGAGGGAUGACCCAGAGACUGGAGGACAUACUGAAAGAGUCCAGUGGUCCUCUAGUGGCUGGACGGACCAAAGAGUUUGUCCAGAGGAUCCUGGAGGUGAGUGGAGGGGGGCUGACCAAGGCUGGGGCCAAGGGCAAAGACACACAGACCCCCUCUGCACCGGGAGAGGGGACAGCUGCCUAAUGUACCCCCAUCACCCCUGACCCCCCCCCCCCUGGACCGGGAGAGGAGACAGCUGCCUAAUGUACCCCCCCCCCAUAUCACCCCUGCCCCACCCUGGAUCGGGAGAGGGGACAGCUGCCUAAUGUACCCCCCAUCACCCCUGCCCCACCCUGGACCAGGAGGGGAGACAGCUGCCUAAUGGACUGGCCAACACCACCAGCUCCCCUGCGACACCCAUCGGACACAGCCACCCACUCCUACCGUCCCCCACUACACUCUUGUCACCUGGAGAAUAGGUGGAUGGAGAAAGGGAUGGAGAAAGAGAGGGAGGGGCAGAUGGAGGAGGUGUGGCAGACUGAGGUUUGAGUUCAACCCUCCUCGGUUUCAGCUCUGUUUCCUUCUGUCUCUUCAGUAGCGCUCUGUAACUCCUUACCUUCAGCUAAUCACCAACACAGGCUAGCUGCUGACCAUGUGUGUGAGUCAGCUGAUCUGUGUCUCUAUGUGACUGUGUGUGUGUGCGUGUGUGUGUGUAGUAUGAAUGUGUGUGGUUGGUUUAAUCUCUCCCUUCUUCAGUAAACUGUAUUGGUAUCCCAUUGUGCCUAUAUGAAUAGACAUUGCACUGUUUGUAGAUGAUAGAGAAGUUGGUAUGAGGGUAGGGUAAAAAGAGAAGUGGGGGGACGGGGGGGGGGUCAUGUUCAGUAGGCCACAACGUUCCUUGGAAGGCUCAGAAAAAAAUAGACUGUAUGGAACAGACAUGCAUCUCUGACAUCUAGAGUAAGGAGUAAUGUCUUCUCUAUUCACAACAUUGCUAUCUGCAACGUUUAGCAGGCUUGGUUACACCCUUCUGGAAUCAACCCUGCUAGUAAAGAUCAGUGGGAGGAGCCUCUUUUGACCAGCGAGCGACAUAAUUGGUGCUUGCCACAGAGGGCAUAGAUGAGCACUUUGAUUCGUAGCUGUAUCCUGUCUAUUCCCCUUUGAGAAAUACCUGGUUCCUGUUCAUCAGGCACCAAACGUAACAAAAAUGACUGAAACAGGGAAUAUUACCUGGACUUCUCCAAUAAGAAAUGCAAAUGUUUGUUUUUCCAUUGCAAAACAUCUUAAAACAUUUUGUUAGGUGCCCGAAUGAACAUGACCCUGAAAAUGCAAGUUCCUUCUCUCAGAACCAACAGAGGAUGAACUGUGAUCACACCAAACAUCAAAGCAACUGUAGCAGCUAAGACUUGCGGAGCUUUCGUCACAGUUAGAAGACUGAAAAAUUAACUUUAAAAAAAGUAGCUAUUAAAUCCAACCGACCAAAGAUGACACGAACAGCUGACAUUUCAAAGAACUGAAAUGAAAACUGAAGUGAUCGGCUGUUACCCAACCCUCUCCCUCCUACUACUGCCGUUACCCAACCCUCUCCCUCCUACUACUGCCGUUACCCAACCCUCUCCCUCCUACUACUGCCGUUACCCAACCCUCUCCCUCCUACUACUGCCGUUAC